AUGAGUUCCCACCAGCAGAAGCAGCCCUGCAACCCACCCCCUCAGCCUCAGGAGCAGCAGGUGAAGCAGCCCUGCCAGCCGCCUCCUCCUCAAGAACCAUUUGUCCCCAUAAUUGAGGAGCCGUGCCGCCCCAAAGCUCCACAGCCGGGCAGCACCAAGCUUCCAGAGCCAAGCCAUCUCACCAUAGUUGAGCCAUAUGACACCAAAAAUCCUAAGCCAGUCUACCCCACGGUUCCUCAGCCUGGAAAACCCGAUGUAGCAGAGCCAGGCCCCCCACCAGUCAUUCCAGACGCAACCCAGAAGAAGACCGGCCAGAAGUAA